AUGGAGAAGAAACAAGCUGCAAAGCGCUUGUACGUUGGAGGGCUUGGCCAUACGGUUUCUGAGGCCGAACUGCAAGAAAGGUUUGGCAAGUUUGGGCAGGUUUUGGAUGCGGAGAUUAUUACCAGGAAAGAUGAUGAGGGAAACCCCAUGAAAACUUUUGCUUACAUCAGUGUCAGCAUUUCUGAUGCAGAUCUUAAAAAGUGUAUCUCAAUUUUAAAUAAAACAAAAUGGAAAGGGGGGACACUGAAAAUUGAGUUGGCCAAAGAAAGCUUUUUGCACAGGCUCGCCACGGAGAGGGAGGAAGCAAAGCUGCAGAAAGAAAAGCCACAGAGAAAUGACAAAACGUGUCUGGUAGAAUCACUGAAAAAGGCUGGAGUUGUAGACUUUUACAUGAAAGCCGUACCAGGUACAGAGGUGCCAGACCAUAAGAAAUGGGUUGUUGGCAAAUUUGGCAGAGUUUUGCCUGUCCUGCACCUUAAGAGUCAACAAAAAAAUAAAAUUGUGAAAUAUGACCCAUCAAAAUACUGCCAUAACCUCAGAAAGCUGGAGCCAGACUUGACACAUGUAGUUCCCAUAUCCGAGCUCACGUGGCACUUGGAAGGGAGAGAUGACAGCAUAAACAAGAAGCGGCAAGGACAGUUCCCUGUAACUAAGGCACCACCUAAAAAACAGAGGCAGCUGGGCAGUGAGACUCUGACUGAAACAGUAGUUCUGUCUUCAGGAUGCCAGUCGCUUUCAGAAAACAGAGGUUCACCACAGCUAGAUCAAAUAUCAAAAUCCAAGGCCAGUGAGAAGUCUAAAUUGCCUCCAUCAACGAGUCUUAAUAGUAAAAUAUCAGGGAGAGGUUUAUUAUCAGAUAAAAGCAACGUUUCUGGAGUUACAGCUCAAAAUAAUAUGAUUGUUUCUGACAGUGACAUUGAUUCUGAAGAGGAAAUCAGAGCAGUGGUAAAGAAAGAGGUAGAAACACAGAAAGCUGAAAAUACUGAGACUGAAAGUGACCACUUGGAAACUGUUGGGGAUAAUUUUGAAUUAAGAUACAAUAGACACUGGUCCUUAAGCAAUCCACAUGCCAUAAAGAAGGCUACCAAAGGAAGUUACAGAGAGAAGGAGGGUGUGGAAUGCGACAAUGGUUAUGACUCAGCAGAUACAGAUGAGAUUAUUGCUGAAAGUAAAACUCCAUAUCUGUGUAGCAGGAAGAGUGCUGUGUUAAAAGAUUCUAAACAGGUGAAGGUGGAAAAGAAAGAAAUACUAACUAACAAAAAAUGUGAUUUGGUAAAUGGCUCCUCAUUGAAAACUUGCAAUUUAAAAGAAGAAUACAUUGAAAGAAAAGGGAAAAUGAAAAAAUCCCAAAUUGCAGCCUUGCAGACUACAGCAGUUAACAGUGCAACAGAGACAAGUGAUAGUGAAAGCUUUUACUCAGAGCUUGAGAAAGGGGACUCUGAAAUCAGUUCUGAUUAUGAAUCCAUGAUGCAGAACUGUUACCGCUUAGAUCUUACAUUAGAUGACUUAAAAGCACUAGCUACUGGGAACACUGGGAUACCAGUAGCAGAAUCGGAUAGUACAGAGAGUUCUAGUCAGCACAUGGUUGAAGAAAAUCAUAAGGAUAAUGUUGUAAAUAAAACAAAACUUCCUAAAUUUCACCCUGCAGUUAAAAAAAAAUGUAUCUGUCCUCAAGAUGUUCUUGCUGCGAUUUUAGCAGGGGAGGAGGAUGCUGAUGAAGAAGGCUGUAAGGAACAAAACAAUUCGCAUUUGAAAUACCAGCCAUUUAGAGGAAUAGGGUCCCUUUGCAAAAAAGAGUUAACUGAGGACAGGGCUGGUUUGAAAAAGAGGUCUGGAGAAAGUUUAGAGCUUGAAGCUUCCAUUUCUUAUUGUGGGGAGGAGACACCUAAAAGACAGGCUAAGAGCCAUCCAUUGUAUUCGCGUCAAGUCAGCAGUAAAAUGAGACAAAAUACACGUAGUGAACAGCACAAGGAGUUGUCGGAUGCUGCCUCCUUAGCAGGUGAGGGAAAUCAGCCUCUUUCCAAGCCAUGUUUGCAUGGAAAGAACAAGAAUGUGAGCUCUUUGCAAGAUGACCAACACUCAGAGCAUGGAGAUGCUGCUCCUAGUACCGACCAGAGUGAAGAUGAGAGCAGCGGCGUGGAUAGUAAUGCAGCAGUGAUGCAGAAACAUGCUAAACGACAACUGAAAAGCCCAAAACUGCUUUCAAAAAAACUGAAGAGGGAUGUAAGCAAUAAAAAUCCAGAACGCGAAGCUAAUAAAUGUGAGAGUGGGAAGAUGAGCCUUCUGGAAAAUAAGGAGCUUUGUCAUCAUGCUGCUGCUUCAAAGGAACCUAGUACAAAAAAAAAACAGUUGCAGGAUAACCAGAGGAGGCUGGCAGCUCUAGAAGAGAGACAGAAAGAGAGAGAAUUGCAGAAGAAACACAUUCAGGGAGCUCUUUCAAAUCUGGACAGCCAGCCAGCGGGCAAGCAUAAACACAUCCUGUUCAAUUCAGACGUGGAAAGUGAAGCUGAAGGAGAUGAGAUAUUGAAGAAGGAUGCAAGUUUGGGAAAUAUGCGUGAAGAAGAUGAAUCUGCCCCUAAAACUUCGAGCAGACUAUUUGAAAGCAGUGAGGAUGAGCAAGACGAUACAGAUGAUGAGAGAUUUAAAAUCAAGCCCCAGUUUGAAGGCAAAGCUGGUGAAAAACUGUUGCAUUUGCAAUCACGAUUUGGCACAGAUGAAAGAUUUCGCAUGGAUGCUCGAUUCCUUGAAAGUGACAGUGAGGAAGAAG